AUGGAAGGAACAAUUCCUCCGGAGAUUUCCUUGCUGGCGAAAAGCUUGCAAUCAUUUGAAGUGCAUCAGCAAUUGCAACUCAAGGGCACCAUCCCAAGUGUGGUUGGACUUCUGACAAAAUUGACUGGAUUAAUAUUGAGUGUGACAGAUAUUGUUGGAACAAUUCCAACAGAGCUUGGUCAACUGCAGAGUCUUCAGGUUCUUCAAUUUGUUGUGGCACCAAUUCAAGGGCAUAUUCCUUCUGAGAUUGGACGACUGUACAACUUAUCCACAGUGUUUGUGGGGAGAACUGAUCUAACAGGUUCAGUACCAGGUGAGCUUUACGAAUUGCCUGGCCUGCAGUUGCUAGCAAUUCAUGAGUGCCCUGGGCUGGCAACUGACUACAUCCUUCAAGAAGUCAUUCACAACGCAAAACAGCUUCGUUUGCUUGGCCUAUCAGGCCAAAGCAGUGAGUCAGCUUUGUCAAUUCCAUCUGAACUUGGCAAGCUGACAGAACUUGAACUGCUCUAUUUGGAGGACUGGACAAAUCAUGGCACUAUCCCGAGUGAGAUUGGGCACUUGACAAAGCUGACCACCCUGGACUUGAAUGCGAACUCUAUUUCUGGCAUUUUGCCAAGCGAGGUCUUUGAACUGACUGAAGGCACACUACCACCUGCUCUCUUUUCCAAACUUUCCCACUUGCAGCUCAUAUCCAUCAGUGACAACAUGUUCUCGGGCACUGUUCCUACAGAAGUGGGUCAACUGUCUGAUCUCAGGACGCUAGA